AUGCUCUCUCAUGCACUCUCUCACGCUCCCUCACGCGCUCCCUCGCGCACUCUCAGGCACACUCUUACGCACUCCCUCUCUCGCUCUCUCUCGCGCACUCUCACCACAUUCUCUCUCUCUCUCUCUCUCUCUCUCUCUCUCUCUCUCUCUCUCUCUCUCUCUCUCUCUCUCUCUCGCACUCUCACCACAUUCUCUCUCUCGCAAACUAUCAGACGCAUUCUCUCUCUCACGCUCUCACGCGCACUCACAUGCACUCCCUCACGCGCUCUCUCAUGCUCACUCUCACGCGCACUUUCACGCACUCUCUCCUGUGCUCUCUCACGCGCUCUCUCACGCGCUCUUAUGCGCCCUCUUGCACUCUCUCACGCACUCUCUCGCGCGCUCUCUCAAGGCACACUCUCAGGCACACUCUCACGCACUCUCUCUCUCUCGCACUCUCUCUCGUGCAUUCUCACCACGUUCUCUCUCUCACGCGCACUCUCACGCGCUCUCUCACGCGCUCUCUCACGCGCUCUAUCAAGGCGCACUCUUAGGGGCACUCUCAGGCGCUCUCUUUCGCGCUCUUUUUCCCGCACGCUCACGUGCAUUCUCUCUCUUACGUCCUUCUCUCGUGCACUCUCACGCACAUUCUCUCUCUCAAGCGCUCUCUCACACCCAUUCUCUCUCUUACGUCCUUUCUUUCGCGCACUCUCACGCACAUUCUCCCUCUCAAACACUCUCUCACGCGCACCCUCACACGCUCCCUCACACGCUCUCUCAUGCGCUCUCACACGCGCUCUCUCACCCGCUCUCUCAUGCGCACUCUCACGCGCUCUCUCACGCUCCCUCACGCGCUCCGUCGCGCACUCUCAGGCACACUCUCACGCACUCCCUCUCGCGCUCUCUCUCGCGCACUCUCACCACAUUCUCUCUCUCGCGGACUAUCACACGCAUUCUCUCUCUCGCGCUCUCACAUGCACUCACAUGCGCUCCCUCACGCGCUCUCUCAUGCUCACUCUCAUGCGCACUUUCACGCACACUCUCAUGUGCUCUCUCACGCGCUCUCAUGCGCCCUCUCGUGCUCUCUCACGCACUCUCUCAAGCGCUCUCUCAAGGCGCACUCUCAGGCACACUCUCACGCACUCUCUCUCUCUCUCUCUCUCUCUCUCUCUCUCUCUCUCUCUCUCUCUCUCUCUCUCUCUCUCUCUCUCUCUCUCUCUCUCUCUCUCUCUCUCUCGUUCUCUCUCUCGCAUUCUCACCGCGUUCUCUCUCUCUCACGCGCUCUCUCACGCGCUCUCUCACGCGCUCUCUCACGCGCUCUCUCACGCGCUCUCUCACGCGCUCUCUCACGCGCUCUCUCACGCACUCUCUCAUGUGCUCUCUCACGCGCUCUCACGCACGCGCUCUCUUGCGCUCGCUCACGCGUUCUCUAACGUGCUCUCUCACGCGCUCUCUCACGCGCACCCUCACGCGCUCUGUCAUGCGCUCCCUCACGCGCUCUCUCACACGCUCUCUCACGCGCUCUCUUACGCGCUCUCUCACACGCUCUCAUAUGCGCACACGCUCUCCCUUGCGCUCCAUCUCUUUCUUCUUCAAAUGAAAAGGGAAGGAGAGGCGACGGCGAGGAGUAGGGAGAGGCGACCGCGGGGAGGAGCGAGAGGCAACGGCGGGGAGGAGGGAGAGGCGACCGGGGGGAGGAGGGAAAGGCGACGGCGGGGAGGAAGAGAGGCGACGGCCGGGAAGGAGGAGAUGCGACGGCGGGGAGGAGGAGAGGCGACGGCGGGGAGGAGGAGAGGCGACGGCGGGGAGGAGGGAGGCGACGGCGGGGAGGAGGGAGAGGCGACGGCGGAGGGAGAUGCGACGGUGGGGAGGAGGAUAGGCGACGGCGGGGAGAAGGGAGGCGACGGCGAGGAGGAGGGAGGCGACGGCCGGGAGGUAAGGGAGAGGAGAUGGCGGGGUGGAUGGGACGGAGUGAUUGUGAGGUGGGUUGGAGAGGUGUUAGCGGGUAGUGAGGGAGAGGAUACGGCUGGAUGGAGCGAGAGCGACAGCUAG